CCUCGCUUCGCGGCAAUUGAGUCGAGACGAUCAACGGAGAGCGUGGGGAUGAUGCGGCCUUCUUGCCCUCCGUAGACGAGCUCGGCCGGUAUUUGCUGCAUCUUUUGCGUAAGAGCGCGGAGAGCAGUGCGACACCCGGCUAAAUGGCUUUCAGCUUUUCACAAAGAACCAGAUGCGGUGCAGCUUCACAUCUUCGAAGAUGCCGGAUGUCGAACGUCAGCUCGCAGUCAUCUAAGCCGAUCAGAUGGCGCUUGGCAGAGCGCUCGACUCCAUGGCGUCCCCGGGAUGGUGGGCAGCUAUAGGCUCCGUUUGGCGCGGCAGCCGUCAUGGUGGCUCGAAUCUCGAUGAGCAACAAGAUCCCGUAGAGACGUUGUCGUGCCACAUCUUUGAGAUAAAGCUGUUCGGAUGCUGCGUCUACGAGAGAUCUCCCAACGAGGGUGCAGCGACCAUCGCCGAUGCGCGAAUAUGGAAUGGCGAUAGCUCACGUGCAGCCUCUCUCAGGGUGGCCUUGGAAUCCUCGGCGCUUGUAGUUCGUUUGUGCAGCGGUUGAGAUGCUAAAGUGCACGAGUCUGAGGACUGAGUCUCUCCAUAUAUGCCUACUGACCCCAGACCACUAUCUGACCUCCCCACGACACUGAUAAGACGCCAGCGCUCCUGAACGAAUCGGUACCAUGCCCUUUGUCUACCCCUAUGCACGACAUAUCGCUGGAAGUCUGAUCGAGAACUCUCUCGCGUCCCUGCGUUU